AUGCCUGCCCGCACAUCAAGGACCUCGCGGGUCUCCAGUGCCCUUUCGCACAAAACGUCCUCGACAACCCUUGGCCGCCCCUCUGCCGCGUCGCGCGCCUCGUCUGUCAACCUCGACAUCCCGGCCGAGCCUGAAGACAAUGCUCUGCGUGCAAAGAUUGCGCCUGUCUUUCGCGAGGCGCAGAAAAACACGGCCUCGCACCGCAAGCUCGCAGUGAACCUGCGCAAGAUCCAGGAGGCCUGCUGUUACGAACCGACGAGCGUCAAGGCGUCGGCCGCAGUGUCCGCUGACUUUCACGAAGAUGACUUCAACGAGGAGUUUGUUCGCUGCGUGUACCGCGUCAUGCCAGUCAAGAAGUCGGAGCCAGUCGGCGACAAGGUCAUUCGCUUCGUCGGCCUUUUCCUUCGCCACGCUAUCGAGAAGGAUAACGAGCUGCUGGGCGAGGUCGACGAGGAUGCUAGCACCAUGCCGGAGACCCCUGGCACGCGUCUAACGGGCGUCCUGGUCGACAAGGUCCUUCUCCUUCUGGUCGCCAAGGACAAGUACGUGCGCUACCGCGCCACCCAGCUCAUCUCGCAUAUUGUCAACUCACUCGACGCUAUCGACGACGAUUUGUUCCAGAAGCUGCGCUCUGGUCUGCUGCGGCGCAUUCGCGACAAAGAGGCCAUGAUCCGCGCGCAAGCCGUCCUGGGCCUGGGCCGUCUUGCCGGUAACUCCGUCGAAGAGGCCCAGGACUCGGACGAUAGCGAGGGCGGUGCCGCUGCGAUUGGCCUGCUCGACAAACUUCUCGAGGUCCUCCAAAACGACCCUAGUGCGGACGUCCGUCGGUCGCUGCUGGUCAACCUGCCGAUUCUGCCCAACACACUGCCAUACCUUCUUGAGCGUGCGCGAGACUCGGACGCCGCCACCCGCCGCGCGGUUUACUCUCGUCUGUUGCCAGCCCUGGGCGACUUCCGCCACUUGUCGCUGUCAAUGCGCGAGAAGCUCCUCCGCUGGGGCCUGCGUGACAGAGACGAGAACGUCAGAAAGGCUGCCGGCCGCCUCUUCCGUGAACGCUGGAUUGAGGACUGUGCUGGCCUGCCUGAAGCGGGUGAAGACGGCCAGCCGGCGGAACCUGCGGCGCCCAGCUUUGACGGCCUUCUUGAACUUCUUGAGCGUAUCGACGUUGUCAACUCGGGUGUCGAUGAGGGCGUGGCGCUCGAGGCCAUGCAGGGCUUCUGGGAGGGCCGUCCCGACUACCGCGAUGCCGUCAACUUUGACGACGCCUUCUGGGAGACGCUCUCUGCUGAGUCCGUGUUCAUGGCGCGGAGUUUCAACGACUUCUGCCGCAGUGACGACAGCGGAAAAUAUGAGUAUCUGAUUGAAGAGAAGCUGCCGGAGGUCACGAAGCUCGCGUUCUACCUGGAGCGCUACACUAAGGUGCUUGUCGACGCCAUCAAGAGAGCCGAGGAGAAGGAGGUCGACGAGGACGAAGAGGACGAGGAAGAGGAUACCGUAGAGCAGGAGUUCAUUGUCGAGCAGCUGCUUCACAUUGCCCUCACACUGGACUACUCUGACGAGGUGGGCCGGCGUAAGAUGUUUGCGCUGCUGAGACAGAGCCUGUCCAUCUCGGACCUGCCCGACGAGGUGACGAAGCUGACGGUCAACGUCCUACGCGACAUCUGUGCACCUGACGCCGCUGGUGAGCGCGAGUUCUGCAGCGUCGUCCUCGAGGCCGUUGCGGACGUGCACGACACGAUUCUCGACGACGUGGACACGAACGAAGCUGCCGAAGACGACAGCUUCCACUCUGCCCGGUCGGAAGUGAGCAGCGACACGACGCCGACCAAGAGCAGACAAUCAUCCAAGCAGCCCGAGCUGACAGAAGAGGAGGCCCAGGCCAAGGCUAUCAAGGAGAUUGUCAUCAACCUCAAGUGCCUGCACAUUGUGCAGUGCAUGCUCUCCAACGUCAGCGGCAGCCUCCAGAAGAACGACCACCUCGUGGCUAUGCUCAACAACCUGGUUGUUCCGGCCGUACGCAGCCACGAGGCGCCCGUUCGUGAGCGUGGUCUCGUGUGUCUUGGCCUAUGCGCCCUGCUUGAUCGGUCCCUGGCCGAAGAGAACCUGGAAGUUUUUAUGCGCUUCUACACCAAGGGUCACACCUCCCUGCAGAUUACGGCCCUGCACAUUCUGACCGACAUCCUAAAUGUUCACGGCGCGCAGCUGCUCUCCAGCAACCCGGCCUUGCUCCGCGUAUACGUCAAGGCCCUCCGCUCAGGUGCCAAGGCCCCGGAGGUGCAAGCGACAGCGACAGUGGCCGUCUCCAAGCUUCUACUCGGCCGUGUGGUGACGGACCAAGAAGUGGCAUUUGAGUUGCUCAAGACGUUGGUCGUUGCUUACUUUGAGCCUUCCAGUUCUACCAACCAGGGUGUCCGCCAGGCACUCAACUACUUCCUUCCUGUGUUCUGCUACUCUCGUGCCGAGAACCAGGCGCUGAUGCAGGCUGUGUCGCUGGAUGCCCUGCACGCACUCUUCAACGUGCGUGAAGGCCUGGAAGAUGACGAUGAGGACGUUGAUGCCGAGAUGGCCAGCCUGGCAACGAUCGGUGCAUGCUUGGUUGAUUGGACGGACCCCCGCAAAUGCUUCGUUCCCGGCAUGCCUGCGGACGUCGAGAAGAAGAAUGUCAACGCCGACGUGCAUUUAGACUUUGCUAAGGCCAUUCUCGACCGCUUGUACGGCAACGCUAGCAAGGAGGAGAAGAAGGCAGUUGCACCACUACUGGGCAAGCUGUACGUGUCGCCGACGUCGACCGAAGAGAAGAUUCGGGCGGUGUACGAAGAGGUCUCGGAAGCAGUAGAGAGCCAGCUGCUGUCGGAUGCGACCAGUCGCAAUGCGCUCUACAAAAUCCAUGUCAGCCUCGGCAAGAUUGUCAACAACCUCGACCAGGCACAAGCGUCCCACAUUGGCGGCAGCGGCAGUGUCGUGGGGGGCCGUCGCAGCAUGAGCCGGGCCACAUCGCUGGGAGUAGAUGACCGCACCAUUCUGGCGGGCAACAACGAGGACCGGACAAUCGUGGGCCAGAUCAAGGAAGAGGACGAAGACGAGGGUGAUGGCGUCUUAGAAGACCUGAAUGAGACGGACGUGGAUGCAGAUGAGAUCGGAGACGGCACCACGAUACAAAUGACGACGGUACAGGCAGACGAAGACUCGCUGACAGAUGAUCUUCUCGAUGAUUGA